AUGCAUUGGUCGCUGAGCUUGCACCAAAUGCUUGCUUUGUUUUCCUACACCGGUCUCUGUUUUCGAGCCGACAUUCGAGCCGAUAGUAACCGUGAUGGUAGAGUUGAUCUUGAUGGAAACACGGACAUAGCUCAUAAGCUGAGCUCCUCAAACCAUGCCGGGGCAAUAUUUCUUGCUAACAUCGGUGACACUGGCCGACGGUGUUCUAAACUGGCACUGCGCGGCAGCCCUCCGUCCAAUGAGAAGCUUGCUGCUUGUAAUGAUGCUUCGGAUGACAUCCAACGGUCCGAUCGAUAUAUGGCACAUCUUCGAACGGUGCCUAUUCCCAGAUUAACUCCAGGCGCUUAUGGGACUGUGUCAGUUGGAGACGCAACAGCACGCAAAAAUGUUCGUAUAUUCCGUCGCGAGGGGUCGGAAUGGUUAAUCACACAAAACGAUCACAAGUUUACUCAGAACCAGCUGCAACUUGGUUUAAACCUAGGCAUCGAUGCUAGGGACACCAGGAGGCCAGGUGGAUGGGAUGGAAGAGUUAAUGUUCACUUUACAGUUCACGAUCGAGGAAAGAUAUCAGCCGACAGUGUGAAGCUGCGGGUUGCACCAAUUUUAACUUACCAUCAUUCUCAAUCGGUUCAGCAAAUUUUCGCCACUGCCGGAAAUGAUACCUCUAACUUUUUCCAAAGAAAAUUUGUGUCUGCUCUAGAAGCCUCUCUUGCCGAAAUGGACGUCAAUUACCCACUCUUCAAGUUCAAUGCGUCUGAUGACAUUUGGGCUCAGGACUUUUUUGAACCAGGUUACACGAGCAUGCCUGGUCCAUCCGGACCAGUGACCUUGCAAGUCAUGAUACGUUCCGCUCAAGACGACCGCGUUGCUGGGCGUCAAGUAUUUGAAUACCUACGUGGCUCCGGUACAGGGGCAGUCCAAGACCGCGGGGGAUCGCGUGAUGAGAUCAACUCCAUGGGCAAUUUGGAGACUAUUCCACCCCACAAUUUCAACGGCAAAAAUUACACAGCUGGGCGCAUUGUUCUAGGCACUCACGGGGCCCGAAAGCCAUAUAUCUUGAAAUACAUGUUGGCACAAGAAAUUCAAGAUCCUCUGCUGCUUGAUACCAACUGGCUUGCGGUCGGACAUGUCGACGAGAUGCUCCAAUUUCUUCCUGCCAAUAAUUCUCUCGGAUGGGCCAUGCUCGUCCCUGAUCCACAGGCAGGCCUAGCUAUAUUACGAAAGACUCAGUCAGCCGGUUAUGGCAAUAUCCGGGCCUUUUCGCGCCAAAAUGAUACAGAGGGAAACCCUUCUGAUCUGUUUGGGAUUCCCUGGGGCCUUCAUGGGGUACCAAGCUACACGAUCGAUGACCUCCUUUCACAAAGCCAAAUCAUAGAAGCGAACGCCAACUUUGCCAGGAGUAUCAGAGGCACCGUCAACCUUCUAAAACGUGAAACUGGCAUCACAAAUGCAGACAUACACGGUGUACCUGCCGUUUUCCGCACUGGCCUCACGUUCCCACCAAAUGGCGGGAUCAGGCCUGAGAGGAAUAAUAACUCCGAGUUGGCGGGAUCGCUGUAUCCUGCUUCGAUCAACGGCCAAGUUCUUAGUAGUACACAAUACUUGGCGCCUAAUCCGUGGGGCCCAGUUGUUGAUGGCAGGGAUAUCAUGGCAGAUGCGGUAUCGGAGGUUUAUGGUAGGUUGGGUUUCAAAGUCAAUUUCGUGGAUAAUUGGAAUUCGCAUCACACUUGGGGCGGCGAGGUUCAUUGCGCUACCAAUACGAUCCGCAACGGGAAUUAUCGCUGGUGGUAAAUGCCGAAAUGCUAUGUUUUCCCUUUUUGUGCGUAGUGGUAGCGUGAAAUAGAGUAAUUGGAAACAGAGAUUCUAUAUUUUUAUAACUGAGAAGCGAUCUGUACAAUCCUUGGAAAAUAAAUGGCAGAAUCUAAGGGAAGUGGUAUGUCCAUGAAAAUUACAAUCCUUCCAUCUACAUAAAAAAAGCGCAUCUAUCUGGCAGAUGCUCAAAAACAUCAUUCCACCAGCAUUGAUAGUCGGAGUUUCCAGCAUGCCUGAUGUUGUCC